CCAAGCCUGCAAUCUACUGGGCCUGCAGAAACCUCUCCAAAACCAAGAGCAGCCAUGCCUCAGUAACCUCCGACUUCAAGGAAUUCGCGCAUCUUGUGUGUUGAGACAUGGAGAAAUCAGUGGCAACACUAGAUAAAGGCACUACAUGCACUUCAUGGAACUACUGUGGCCAAAGACUAGCAACUGGUUCUUUUAAUGGGUUUCUCUCAAUCUUCGACUCACCUGACCCUGCUUCCUCUUCCUUCACCGCCACCUCCAACAUUAGGAUACAUGAAGGUGGGAUUGUCAAAAUUGUCUGGAUCCCACCAGAGUAUGGGGAUGCAGUAGCCUGUAUUUGUGGAGAUGGGAGUCUGUCUUUGUGGGAGGAGAUUGCUGAAGAUGGACUACCUCUUCAAUGGAAGCUUUGUAAGAUUUUUCAUUGCAAGGGAAGUAAAGUGUUAGAUGCUCAAUUCGGAGUAAUCCGGACAAGUUUGAAAAUGGUUGUGGCAUAUUCAGAUGGCCAUGUGAAAGUCUAUGAGCUUUUGAAUCCUUUUGAGUUGAAGAAUUGGCAGCUUCAGGCUGAAAUUCAGAAUGUGAUUGAUUCAGUUUCAACAUUUGGGAAGGCUUCAUGCUUUUCUGCGUCUAUUUCUUGGAAUCCACAACGGAAUGAAAGCCAGGAACCAAGCUUUGUUCUGGGUUUCAACUCAGAUACACCUCAACUGAACAGUUCUAAGGUGUGGGUGUUUGAUCAGGCCCAUCAUCGAUGGCUUCCAGUUGCCGAGUUAGCAUUGUCCUUGGACAAAAGUGAUCAGGUUUUUGCAGUUGCAUGGGCACCAAAUGUUGGCCGGGCAUAUGAGUUAAUAGCUGUUGCAACUCGCAAAGGUAUUACAAUAUGGCAUGUUAGGUUGAACCCUGGCCUGGAUGGAAGGCUUUCAGUAGAAAAAGUUGCAUUGCUUUCUGGAUAUGAGGGCGAGGUGUGGCAGAUGGAAUGGGACAUGAGUGGAAUGACCUUAGCAACCUCAGGAACUGAUGGGAUGGUAAGAUUGUGGCAAUCCAACUUCAAUGGUGUUUGGCUUGAACAGGCUGCAUUUGAACCCGCAUCUUAGCCCCUACCAUCAUUUCUUUGUAGUUUGUACUUGUUUCGGCUGCAAGGAACCACUGUUUCUAUUGUGGUGGUUUCCUCGUUCUGUUUGUAUUAAACACGUGUUCUGAUUAGAGAACUCGUAAAGAUCGUCGCCGGUUACCUCAAUGCUCCAACUCCAUCCAUCAUUUUUGAAGUCAGUGUUUCAAAAAGAUUUUAGCACUAUCGAUUUUAUAUUUCUGGCUUAAAUUUGUAGCUACUAUUGUAUCACUAUAUUCAAAGAAUGGUUGUGUCA